UCUGUAUAACAAGAGAAACUUGCUUGCUUUGAUGACGUUUUAUUUACUGAGUCAGUUUUCAUGGAUUUUAAAAUUAUGAGGGGCUGUGGUGAUGUUUAAGUCAUGAGUCUAUUUUCAUUAAUAGUGUUAAUGUAAUCACCAGUGUUUUUCUUUUUAUCCACUUUCAUAAUUUAUAUAAUACAUGAGCAAUUUACUCCUAUAAAUUCCAAUGGUCGUUGAUAGAAAAUUUUAAAAAUUACCAAAGAGUAUUUCUAAGGAUUGCAAUUAACCAUAAUGGGAAUGGCUGGUUUCACAGUAGCACUGAUGAUGAUAGGAAUGAUAAUAUCUCCUUGUGUCUAUGGAAAAGAGUUCUCCGAUCACCAGGAAAUCAAAGUAGAAAGACUUUUGAAGCGGCUCAACAAGCAUGCUCUUAUAUCCAUAAAGAGCGAAGAUGGUGAUACAAUAGAUUGUGUUCCAAUACAUAGUCAACCAGCUUUUGAUCAUCCUCUGCUUAAAAACCACAUCAUCCAGAUGAAACCGAGCUUUAUACCCGAAAGUACGUCUACUUACACCAAGAAAAAGAUAAACGCUACUCAGGCGUGGCACAAGAAUGGAAGAUGCCCUAAAAAUACAAUUCCGAUCAGAAGAAUAAAGAAAGAAGAUAUCUUACGAUCAAAAUCCAUUGAGAGUUAUGGCAAGAAGACGACUCCAAGCAGCCCUCAAGCUACUACAUUUGAUCCAAGUAAAGGCCAUGAGUACGCGGUCAUGAAUUCCAUGAACGGCACGUAUUUCGGGACACAAUGUUCAGUAAAUAUCUGGAAACCAGAAGUUCAAGUUCCCGAUGAGUUCAGCUUGGCCCAGACUUGGCUCGUGUCUGGAGUGGGCACUACUCGUAACACAAUUGAAGCUGGUUUGCAGGUUUAUCCAAGAAUAUAUGGUGAUAAUAAUCUAAGAUUAUUUGUUUACUGGACAGCCGAUGGAUACCAAAGUACAGGGUGCUACAACAAUUUAUGCUCAGGUUUCGUUCAAAGGAGCAAUCUUAUCACUGUAGGUGGAACCUACACCACCGUCUCAGAAUACGACGGAGAUCAAUACGACCUCUCCAUGCUUAUAUGGAAGGAUGGCGAAAACUGGUGGCUACAGAUCGGUGAAGAGCUUGUCGGGUACUGGCCUGGCCAGUUAUUCAGUUCUCUAGGAAAUGGAGCUACGAUAGUUCAGUGGGGAGGUGAAAUCGUUAACAAGGAGACCGAUGGGAAACACACGGGCACAGACAUGGGAAGCGGGCAUUUUGCAGAAGAAGGUUUUAAGAAAUCGAGCUAUUUCAGGAAUCUUAUGACAAUCGAUGAAACCAAUACUCUGAUAGAACCACAAGGAGUUUACCCCACGACUGGUCAUGAUAACUGUUACAACAUUAAAGCAGGAGAUGCUGGAAGUUCCUGGGGGGUUAAUUUCUUCUACGGUGGCCCUGGCCAGAACGAGAGAUGCCCUUGAUUUGGAUCUGUGUGCUCAAAGAUUUUGAGUAUUUUACAUGCAUGUCUGCAUGUAUCUGACUAUGAAUGUGUGAGUAAGAAAAAUAAUUCACGUCAUGGAAGUUAAUUUUAUCUGUGUCUUUGGAUAAUAUGUGUGUACAAGCUUUUCGAAUUUCGCGUGUCUUUAAUUUGAAUAACAAUAAUAAUAUGUUUGAUAAGAUCCUUCAGUUUAUAGUUAAUUGCUUUUGAUCUGCCUAUGAAAGCAUGUCCAAUGGAAGUUUCUUUCCUUUGAAUUCUAAAAAGCCAUAUAUGUGUAUGUAUAUAUUAUAUAUGCAUAUGUAACUACGGGAAACCCAUUCCAUAAUAUGCAUAUAUAAGAUUUUCCGUAAAAUUUAGAAAACCAUAAUUACAUAUACAUAUAUAAUAUAUACUUAGGUAUACAAGCUUUUGUAUACGAGAAUAAUAUUCUUUACCUUUUUUCUUUUGAAACACAACUUUUUUUUUUUUUUUUUUUUUUUUUUUUUUUUAAUAUAAAUAUUUAUUAAUCUACCCGAGAAUCGGGAAUUUCAGAUCCAGUUACAAACCCGUUUCGAACAAAAUUUCCAAAAUCAACCUAUUACAACACUAGCUUCGCCCGCCCACUAAACCCGGCACAUUCCGCUAGUCCGUUUAUCGGUUUCCUUUGAAAUCGGUUGCCGUUCUCUACCAUCGACGAGAAUCAAGAGAAGGUGAGGUUCUCCUUGUUGCCUCGGAUGCCGGGACUUCCCGCGUCGUCUCCGGAGUAGCUAGCUUCCGAUGAACUCCACCGAGUUUGUAACCGUUACUGACAAUGAAGCGCAAGACGACUAAUAGGGGAGUGUUUCGGAUACUUACCACGAGCCUUGCAAGCCACCAAAGCCGAGCUAGUACGCAACGUCACACAACGCUUGAAACCAUCUCCCAACCCGAGCAAGAGCUCGCUACUGCCGCCACCAAACCUGUACUACCAAAAGGGCCGGACCUCCAUGCCACACACCGACAGAGAAGACUCUAACGACUAGCACAAAUGUCAGCCAAGCAACACUACCGAUGAAGAAUCAAGUGAUCUUCUCCGGUACUGGGAUGUGAGCUAAACACAAGAGGGACACCGCCGCGACCAUGACGAAAGUCGGGACGUCUCUUGCCGCCUUCGAAAACCGAAGAAGCAGUGACCGUGACUCGCAAAAUAACCACCGGUGUCUACGGUGAUAUGAAUAGAGCUCAAGAGAACAACCUUAGAAUUAGAAACUGCCGCAACCAAACCAAGGUAUCAAGCCGAUGACGAGAUGUUGAAAUUGAAAGGUCAGGUGAAAUACAAAAAAGAGCUUGAACCGGCCAUAGACGACCGGGUAGGACUCUGCUCAGCACUCCCACACGAGUCGGAAUCGGUCAGGUACCAUCAUCCCGCCUGCAUACCAGACCGCGCCUCACCUCCGAAGUGAAGCCACCACCGGAGCUGACCUUGGCUCCAACGAAGAGGAGACGAACCCCGACGACACCGUAAGGGUUCCCGGUUCCAAACGAAGAAGCCGCACGCCACAACCAGAGAAACGCUGUAGCCACGCCACAGCCAACCGGGGAGCGCUCCAACCCCAUCAUCCCGAGCAAGAAGGUCGCCAGAGAGAGAUUAAAAGGGGAAACGCAAUCCUCUCUCUCAGCCACGAAAAAUCCGACUCCACAGCCAAAUCCACUGCACACCACCGCGUCUUGACUCCAACACAAGCUGAAUCGAUAGCAAACUCCGACGAACCUCGCGAGCGGUCACCGGAAUCAACAAGAGACGCUUGACCAGAGCCCGAAACAAAGCAACAGCGGAGGGGAGUGACCGGGAAGCAAAGAGGAAAACAGAGCAAGAAGGAGGGAAGCCUCCGGCGGCCGGACGCGCGCGAACGCGCCGGACAACGCCGGAGCAGAUCUGAAAACUUGGUUGGUUUGUUUUUGUCGCGAGAGGAUAAGGGAGAGAGAUGUAAG